ACUUGUCGUCUGGGCGCGAAACGAAAAGCCCGCCUGCCACUUUGCACGAAGGCGCGGCCCAAGCCUCGGCACUUGGAUGCACGACAGCACGGGGCAAUCAAAGCAGGUUGAGGCAGUGAACGUCAUAAGGUCUAAUACGCGAACUUGUACUGUGUACAGUGGGAGAUGGUACAAGAAAUGCUGCCGGUAUUAGUCAUAUUAUUAGCUUUAGCUACAACCGUGGAGAGUGUAUUUUGUACAGCCAAUAACUACCCCUGCUUGGGAUCGGCAAAGCACUGUAUCCCGCCCGGGCUGGUCUGUAACGAUGCCAAAGACUGCCCAUUGGGAGACGACGAGUUUUUCUGUAAGAUACCGGACAACGACUCAUGUUCGUUACCGUUCCCCUGUCCGACUUCUAACACAUGCACCAACUUCACCUCAGUUUGCGACGGGAGCGACGACUGCCCUGGUCGUGGGGACGAGCUUGGAUGUGAUCUACCAUGCCCAGCUCAGUGUAUGUGCGGUGGGUAUAUAGUCUUCUGCGUCAAUGCUCCAUGGAACGCAGCAUCGGCAAGCUGGGUAUCCAGAGAAACUAUCAAUCUGUUGGCAGUGAACCUUCAAGGAGAUAAUUCUACCAGUACUCAUAACAAUUCAGUACAAGAUGUCCUUCAUUUGGAUUUUAGCGAGUUCAAAAAUCUUAAAAUUCUGAGCUUCAUAGAGAAUAGGAUUAGUCGUCUCCAGUCAGAUUCCUUUGUGGGGCUGAAUUAUGUGCACACUUUGAUUGCUUAUGAUAACCAAAUAGCCACAAUCCAGCCACUGACGUUCAAAGACAUGAAACAGCUCCGGGAUUUAUAUCUUUCAGAAAACUUGAUCACGGAUCUACUUGUCGGUGCAUUUUCAGGACUGAAAAACCUGGAGAAACUACAUUUACAGGAGAAUCGAGUGAGUUUAUUACCAGCGGAUGUAUUCGUAGAUCUCAGUUCCCUUCAGCUGUUGAAUCUGAUAAAUAACACCAUUGUAGAAAUCAAGCACGGUGCGUUUCGGGGUCUAAGAAGCCUUCAACAUCUAUUUUUGGGGCAGAACAAGAUUAAAGAGUUGGUGCCAGGUGUAUUUCAGCCGCUCAGACAGUUGCAGACACUCCAUCUUGACGGGAACCGAAUUACCUUUCUGGCGAACCAUUCAUUUAUUGGAUUAUUCAGACUUCAGUACCUAGACAUAUCUGAAAAUCCAUUGACUGUAAUAGGACAAGGUUCUUUCAUUGGACUUUCCAGUAUCCAUGAGUUGUAUAUGGUCACAAUGGAUGUCGAGGUGAUUGACUGGGGUCUGGAUAUGUUCCACGGUCUAGAAUCACUACACUCGUUCACUGCGGAUGAUCACCGUUUUUGCUGCUUACUGAAUACCAGUACUGAGUGUCAAACACCGCCCUCACCGUUCGCUACCUGUGAGGGUCUCUUGCGUCAGAUGGUUCUGCGCAUGUUCAUUUGGAUCCUUGGACUCAGUGCCGUGGUUGGGAAUAUCAUUGUCAUCAUAUGGCGGUUCAGAGAGAGGAAACACGUGUCACAAAAUAAGAUUCAAAUUCUUCUAAUAAUGAAUCUGGCCAUUUCUGAUCUGCUCAUGGGGGUCUACAUGAUUAUGAUCGGCAGCGCGGAUGGCUAUUUCGGGCAGGACUACUUCCUGUACGCAACUGAGUGGCGUUCGUCGGCGAUAUGCAAAACGGCUGGGAUCAUCUCUGUAUUAGCGAGCGUGGCAUCCAUGUUGAUUGUUACCGUGAUCAGCGUGGAUAGGUUUCUAUGCGUAGUGUUCCCCUUCGGUAGCUUUCGGCUUGGGGUAGCCUCCGCUCGUGUCACUGUUGUGGUAGUAUGGGUUGUAUCGGCGUUCUUGAGUCUACUGCCGAACAUCAUCGAGAAGUACGUAAAGGGUUUCUACGGCUUGUCAGACGUCUGUGUUGGUCUGCCAUUGGCCACUAAGUCAGACUAUAAAGCCUCUUGGCACGAGACUGAAGACGUUAUGUACACGUUCAGCUUCGAUGAACUGGGUGAGAAGACCCCAGCAUCCUACUACGCAAUCUUCCUCUUCAUCGUCGUCAGCCUAGUGUGCUUCUUAGUCAUCCUGGCAAGCUACAUCGGCAUUUUCGUCUCCGUGAGACAUUCCUCGAAGGGCGCCACCAGGCAACAGGCACGCGACGAAGAAGUCAAGAUGGCCAUCAAGAUGGCUCUAAUCGUAGGAACCGACUUUGCUUGCUGGAUGCCGAUCAUCAUCAUGGGACUGCUGUCGCAGACUGGAGCUGUGACAAUCCCCGUAGAAACGUACGCAUGGACGAUGGUCUUUGUACUACCAAUAAACUCUUCCAUUAACCCUUAUCUAUACACAAUAUCAACUCUAAUGGCUAGACGACUAAAAGGUUCUAGAAAGGGUAGCUCCCAGAUGAUGGUUCCACUUUCUUCUGCUGGUAAAAACAGUAAUCCUCCUGUCUCUGAUUGUGUAGAGGCUUCGACCAAUGUCCACAGCUGUGAUCAGAAAACACCGAUAAUACAAAAGGCCUGAGGUACAAGUUUACGGAGUGUGACCACUGUGGGUUUUAUUUCGGAGGUGGGAUCAGAUUAACCUUUCGGGAGUAAGACAUAAAAAAAACAAUAUAACCCCAUAUUGCAAAUUUGUUGACAUGAUGGUUGCCAAGCUGUUGAAAGAGUACUUGUGAGGACAAUACAAAAUGUAGGAAAAACUAAGGAAAAGAGGAACUUAUAUUAUAAAAGGAAACCAAGAUUGAAAUUGCUGGUAAAACCACUUGAAUAACUCUUUUGGAGAAGUUAGGCUCUAUGAAAAACAGUUUGUUUCCUUGCUCGUCUUAUUCAAUGGAAGCAAUUUUGUUUCCUGUUUGAGUACUUGUUGAACUUCAAACAAAUGAACUUUAAAAACAUUCCAAGUAGGCCUAAAACGCUUUAACUUUCACAAUUCUGCAACUCGGCUAAAUGUAUUCGUCGUUUAUAAUUUACAGAGUCACUUCAACCAAUUUAUUGUAUAUCUAGUCAUAUAAACUAGUAAUCUCGGCAAUAGCAAUUGCUAGAAGUGAUUUGGUUUGCAGUAUUUAAUAACGUAUGUAGUAGUAGACGUGGUUACACGUGUGCGCAAAUUACAGAGGGGCUCAGUCAAACCCAAUUUCCAAUAAAUAAAGUCCUUAUAAAAGUAGAGGAAUACUACAAGUGUCUAUAACUUAUAUAACUAUAGCUCAAACUAUUUUGUUAUCAUUUUGAGUGCGAUAUCAUCGUUCAAUAACAACCAAUGAAGUCACAUCUCAACGUAUGCUUUUUUCUUGUUUUUCCUGAAUGUUUAUAACUUUUAAUCAAACGGCACUGAGUUUGACCAAUAAACUGAUACAGAACCUGAUCUCUGAAAUGUAAA